AUGACGUCUAAAAAGUCAGAUAAACAAUUCAUGUUAUCCGAGAAUGAAUUCAAUCAAAUGGCAUAUGAUAAUACAGCAUUAAUGAAUACACAAUAUAUUGAUGAAAUAGAUAAUAAGAAUGAAAUUCAAUCCACGAAAUCUCAACCAACAAAAUCAAAUCAAGUUUUACAAAAUGCUGAUCCAGAUCGUUAUAGUUGUUGGAAUCGUUUUACACGAUGUAUUCGUGUCGCUUACGGACCAUUCAAUUCAAAUACUUAUUUAUUGACAAGCAGUAUGAACACUAUGUUUCUUCAAGCUCAAGUAACCAAUGGAACAGAUUCAUUAAGUACUGCUAGCUCACUCGAUGUUUUAUGGUCGGUAAUACAAGGUCCUAUUAUGAAUAAUUGGUACAGUAGUACAUGGUAUAAUUCGCAACCAUUUGUAACGGCAGAUAACUUAACCCUAUUAUAUCAAAAUCGUCUGAUUGGUGUGCCACGUUUGAGACAGCUACGUAUGUCGUCGAAUUCAUGUAUGAUUCCAGUUUAUUUUACUGAUGAUAUCAAAGAAUGUUAUGGACAAUAUCAAGAAGCGAAUGAAGAUAAAAAACCAUUUGGUUUGAAAACUGGUACAGCUUGGACCUAUACAUCAUCUGAUAAAUUAGGUAUGUAUUCAUAUUGGGGUUCGGUCAGUUCUUAUGGCGGUGGAGGAUAUUAUCAAGAUUUAUCACGUGAUCAAACUGAAGCAGCUAGUCAACUUGAUAAGUUAUUUCAAAAUUUAUGGUUAGAUAGAGGAACUCGAGUUUUAUUCAUACAUUUUACAACGUAUAAUGCAAAUAUGAAUUUAUUUUCUAUAGUUGAGAUUGUCAUUGAAGUUCCUGCAUCAGGAAGUCUCAUCCUCAAUAGUGAUUUUAGAUCAGUUAAACUGUUACGUUAUGUAACUCCAUUUGAUUAUUUUGUAUUAGCAUGUGAAUGUGCAUUCUUAAUAUUUAUCGCCUAUUAUAUAGUCGAAGAAAUUAUGGAAAUAAAGAAACAAGGAUGGAUUUAUUUUGUAUCUGUAUGGAAUUCAUUAGAUAUUAUUAUUAUUAUCAUUAGUAUUGUAUGUGCUGCAUUCAAUAUUUAUCGUACAAUUAUUGUUAUUAAUUUAUUAGAAGAUAUAUUAAAAAAUCCAAAUGAAUUUGCUAAUUUUCAAAUGUUAAGUAUAUGGCAAGUGAAUUUUAAUUUUGCUAUCUCUAUUACUGUAUUCUUAGCAUGGGUUAAGUUGUUUAAAUACAUCAGUUUCAAUAAAACAAUGACCCAAUUAAGUUCAACACUUGGUAGUUGUGCAAAAGAUCUAGCUGGUUUCGCUAUAAUGUUCUUUAUUGUGUUCUUUUCAUUUGCACAACUUGGUUAUUUAGCAUUUGGUACACAAGCAAAAGAUUUCAGUUCAUUUAUUACAGUUGUUUAUACCCUAUUUCGUAUUAUAUUGGGUGAUUUUGAUUUUAAUGCAUUGGAAACAGCAAAUAGAGUAUUUGGUCCAAUUUAUUUUAUUGUUUAUGUAUUCUUUGUGUUUUUUGUACUUAUUAAUAUGUUUAUUGCAAUUAUUAAUGAAACUUAUUCAUCAGUUAAAUCAGAUUUAGAAAAACAACCAAAUGAAUUUGAAAUGAAAGAUUUUCUUAAAGAUAGAAUGAGAAAUAUGUUAGAGAAAUUAAAAAUUAAAAAGAAACGAAUUGAAAAUAUUCAAAAUGCAAUAGAAUUAGCUGAUUUUAAUAAAGAUGGUAAAUUAGAAUAUAAAGAAAUGUGGAAACAUUUGAAAGCCAAAGGUUUUACUGAUGAAGAAAUAAAAAUGGUCUUUGAGAAUUUUGAUGAAAAUAAAGAUAACAUACUAUCGCAUACAGAACAAUUGAAAUUAAAAGCUUCACUACAAGAACAAAAGAUUGCUUUAGUUAGUGAAUUAGCUAAAGAAGAACGUUUAGAUUUAAAUUCAACACAACCUGGUACAAGUCAAACCAAAAUAGUUCCAACUACAAAAUAUCAAAUUGAAAUAAAACAAUCUGAAUUCAUGCAAUUAUAUAAACGUGUUAAUCGUAUUGAAAAUGGUAUGGGACAAGUGAUUGGACAUAUUGAAGAUGUAUUAAAAUCUUUAGCAACAUUAGAAAAAAUCAAAGUUAUAAGACGUGAAACAAUGACACAAUUUUUACAGACUAUUAUCUCAACAAGUCCACAAGACAGAGGUGAUCGGUUGGAUGAUAUCAUUCAGGCUGGUUUAGACAAUAUGACUAGUACGGUUGAUCUACAAAAUGAAUGA